CAUCUCUCAUCAUCGAGUCUGAUCUACAUAGGCCACAUACCAUGUCUGAGUUUUUUGGCUACCCAGAGGUCCGUGAGGGUCCCUCCGUUCCUUACAAGAACGAGGACCAGGACCUGCCUGUGUUUCGCGGCACACCUUUGGCUAUCGGGGCGACUCUAAUCCACAAUCUGAAUUUCGUGCAGAGCUACUUCUGGCGCAAUGCGGGUUUUGACAUCAUCCACAACAUUCCUCAUCUGCGGCAGUAUACUCCCCGGUACGACCCGACCGUCGUGCCAGUUCCGGAUGCCAACAGCACAUCCCUCGCAGCUCUGCCGGCCCCAACCGAGAGAAGGAAGACCGAUGCGAACUACUACACCUCCGCCGACUACCACGCGCUCUACCAGUCCGGCAAACUGACCCCACUUGCAGUCGUCGAGACACUUCUGCCUCUGGUCCGUCGCGAUGCGAAACCUCCCGGGAAACACUCGGUCGCCUUUCUCGAGUCGCAAGCGGAGAGGAUUCGAGCGGCCGCGGAGGCGUCGGGAAAGCGGUACAAGGACGGAAAGCCGUUAGGACCGCUGGACGGAAUCCCUGUUGCGAUCAAGGAUGAAGUGCACAUCGAGGGGUACAGACGGACCCUCGGAAGCAAGCUGGACUUCAAGGGCGGCUUCGAUGGCACGUCCUGGUGCGUAAAGAAAUGGGAAGAGGCCGGUGCGAUUGUUAUUGGCAAGACAACCAUGCACGAGCUUGGACUGGACACCAACAACAACAACCCCAACUACGGCACGCCCAGAAACCCCAACAACACCGACUACUACUGCGGUGGCUCCUCCGGUGGAUCCGGGUACGCCGUGGGUGCCGGUCUGGUGCCCAUCGCGCUGGGCGCCGACGGCGGCGGCUCGAUUCGCAUCCCCUCCUCCUUCUGCGGCAUCUGGGGUCUCAAGCCGUCCCACAGCCGCGUCAGCGGCUCACCCUCGCAGUCCCUCGCGCCGACCGUCGGCGUUCUCGGCCCCAUGGCAGCAAGCAUCGACGACCUCGCCCUAGCCUACCGCAUCAUGGCCGCGCCCGCCCCCGAAGCCGAAGACCCCGCCUCCGCGGCCUUCCCGCACCCCCUCAGCACGCUCUCGUCCCCCUCCCCCCGCCCCAACAACAAAACCAUCGGCAUCGUCAAAGACUGGAUCGACCGCGCCGAGCCCCCCGUCCGAGCCAUCUUCGACCGAGCCCUCGACUCCUACCGCAAACAAGGCUACACAGUCAUCGACAUCAGCAUCCCCUACCUCCCCGAAGGCCAACGCGCCCACGUCCUAACCAUCAUGACAGAGAUCGCCUCAGGACUCUCCCCCUCUCAAAUCAGCCAAAUCACAGCUCCCAACAAGGUCCUCGUCUCCAUGGGCAUGUGGCAAAUCACCGGCCAAGACUUCAACGCCUCCCAGCGCCUCCGCAGCCUCCUCAUGGCCCACCUCGCCCACCUCUUCCGCACCCACCCCGGCCUCCUCAUCCUCACCCCCAGCACCCCCAUCCCGGGCUGGAAGAUCGGCAGCCCCGCGGACCUCUCCCGCGGCCUCUCAGACGGCAAGUCCUCCGUCCGCAACAUGGAGUACGUCUGGCUCGCCAACUUCACCGGCUGCCCCGCUAUCAACUGCCCCGCCGGCUACGUCCGCCAUGCUGACAGUGGCGCGCGCGUCCCUGUCGGCCUCAUGGCUAUGGGCGAGUGGGGUACCGAGGAGGACCUCCUCGCUUUCGCCCGUGACGGCCUGCCCAUCCUGGACCUCCCUGAGAACCGCCCCUCCGCGGCUGAUGCCUCUACUUCCGGCUUGCAGAUUCCCAGCGGUGAUAACUCCUUGUGGGAGGAUGUCAUCGGCAAGGCGGCCGAGAAGACUACCGAGUAGGUACUAACUUGCUGGAGCUGAGUUAAGUAUAUACUUUCCCAAGGGGAAUGGGAGCCUAAUGUCAAUUUAGUAUAGUCUUGUAAAGAAAUGACUUGAUCCUUUGUUUAUGUUUUGAGUUACUGCUUUCUCCACCUCUUCCUCAUUGGUUCGCUCACUUCGAUCAUUACAAUAGUAAAGCAGCAUUCAUUCU